AGUUACUUGUGUGGUUUCGGUAGAAUGUGAAAACGUUCUCUUCGAUUUACAUACAGUUAUCUUUCGGAUUUUUUUUUUCGUUCAUUUUUCAUUUUUAAUAACGCGCCAGGAUUUCCUUUUAAGCAAACGGAACGGUAUUCAAUUUUCUGCACAAAUCCACUGUAUAAAGCAAAAAUCACAGAUGCAAAGCAUGUUUUACUAUAUAAGGAUCACAUCUGUUAUAUUUACGGUGUUUGUCUCAAGCUGUGAUUACAUGACAUCGGUAAAAGGAUUAAACUAUUUAACUAGCGAUUAUCAAAACAAGAAUAAUAAGUUUUUGAAAACUUUUUCAUUCGAUUCAUUGGAUUUAAAUUCGGCUGGCGAAAUGGCAACAUCAACUGACUCAUCAGCUCUUUUGCGUCACUUAAUCAUCGGCAAGUUAACACCGAAUAUAGUUACGCCAACAGCAUCGUUUUGCAUUUGUGUACCACCAGGGUCAUGUCCAAGCCCUUUGCCCUCACCGUCUACGGAUGGUAGCGGGCAAAUUGAUGUACGCAUUGUUAAUAAUGCCGCUUCUUCUGGUACGCCGACAACUUCAUUCUCUUGUAAUUAUGGAUUAGAAGUAUGUUGUCAAGCUGGCUCAUAUCAGUGUGGUCGUCGGUAUCCACCACCGCCGGGCAGUAAACAAGCUGGUCUAGGUCAAGCCAAUUUUGGAGACUAUCCAUGGCAGGUGGCAUUAUUAACAACCGCAGAUAUAUAUAUAGGUUCCGGUGCUUUGUUGACAAGUCAACAUGUUCUAACCGCGGCUCAUAAAGUUCAUAACAUACCGGAAAAGUCGUUUAAAGUCCGCGUAGGUGAAUGGGAUGCUGCUAGCACAAAUGAGCCUGUACCUGCGCAAGAUGUAUCAGUUUCCAAAGUUUACGUUCACCCAAAUUUCAAUAAGAAUAACCUACAAAAUGACGUAGCCAUAUUGAAAUUGGUUAAUCCGGUUUCAUUGGUCACCAAAUCAACGGUUGGUACAGUUUGUUUGCCCACAAUACCUUUAAAACAGGGUCAACGAUGUUACGUGGCUGGUUGGGGUAAAAGUGAUUUCGGUCCCACUGGAGCUUAUCAAUCCAUACAACGUGAGGUCCAAGUACCCGUUUUAUCUAAUGACAAUUGCCAAACAGCUUUGAGAAAAACACGUUUAGGAUCUCGCUUUAUCCUAAACAAUUUAAGCUUUAUAUGCGCAGGCGGUGAGGUCGGAAAAGAUGCUUGCACGGGCGAUGGCGGAUCACCGUUGGUGUGCGAAAAUAAUGGUAUUUGGUAUGUGUUGGGUUUGGUGGCUUGGGGAAUCGGUUGUGCUGCCCCUGGGAUACCAGGUGUUUAUGUUAAUGUAAACUCUUAUAUACCAUGGAUACAAAGCAUGUUAGCUUCUUAACUAACAAAGUUAAUUUGUAACGGAACAGUUCACUUAAAGCUUGCACUCAAUCUUAUUCUCUCGCAUUUGGAAAACGUUCGGCAUGGAGAGGAAAGAAGAAUGCAAAGAGCAACAAAAUAAAGAUGUAAAGCAUUUCGAGAUAAAAAAAAUUUAUACACGUAAAAAGAAUAUAUACUACAUAUAUAUAAAAUCUUAAAACCUGCAAUAUAUUUAAUUAAUCUGACAAUUUUGAUGGGCAGAAGAAAGUAAGACACUAGGCCUUGUUCGGAACUUAGUUUUCUAAUAUAUUCUCUAGAAUAUUUUCUGAAGGUCUCUAAAAAGGGAGAAACGUUUGAUUUAAUUGUCUUAACUGACACGCCUACAAUUCUUUGCAGUUUCUAUAUAUUUUACACUCGAAAGGUACUCGUUUUAAUGAUAAGAUACUACAAAUUAAAUCUCGUUCCCAUAUAAAGACAUGCUCUUCCCAGGAGUUCUUAUAAGGCAAGGUGUUUGGAAAAAAGUCCCACGAUGA